AGUGAGCGACGCGCGGCGGGCACGGACCGCGCCAUGGCUCUUCCGGCCCCAUUGUUAAUCCUCUCCGUGCUAAUAGCUGGCGGGGCCGCUGCGAAUAGCAGAGAACGCGACCGCUCACGUGUUAAUCCGCGAAUACUUGAUCGUGCUUGUGAACUAAGUUCGUGUUAUCCCGCCACUGGCAAUCUACUUAUCGGACGCGAAGCUCGACUCUCCGCUUCAUCGACGUGCGGAAGCUACGAUCGAGAACGCUAUUGUAUAGUAUCACAUCUCGAAGAACGGAAGGAUUGUUUUUGGUGCCUUUCCACUAAUAACACUAUUGAUGAGCCGGGUCUCAAUCAUAGAAUACAAAAUAUUGUUUAUAAAUUUCAUCCCGGAACACGAAAGAAAUCCUGGUGGCAAUCUGAGAAUGGGAAGGAAAAUGUUACAAUACGACUCGACAUGGAAGCUGAAUUUCAUCUUACGCAUUUGAUAAUUCAAUUCAGAACAUUUCGCCCGGCAGCUAUGUUAGUUGAAAGAUCAUUUGACUUUGGAAAAACUUGGCGUGUCUACCGAUACUUUGCUCACAACUGUGAUGAAGCUUUUCCUUUUGUUCCGAAACACACUCAGCGCAGCUUAACGGAAGUUGUUUGCGAGUCUCGCUAUUCAGGAGUUUCGCCAUCCACUGAAGGAGAAGUUAUAUUUAGAGUUUUGCCUCCAAACAUCAAUGUGGUUAACCCUUAUUCCGAAGAAGUCCAAAAUUUAUUACGGAUGACGAAUUUAAGAAUAAACUUUACAAAGCUUCACACUCUUGGAGAUGAUUUACUGGAUAAUAGAGCUGAAAUUCAAGAUAAAUAUUAUUAUGCUAUAUAUGAAAUGACAGUUCGCGGAUCCUGUUCUUGCUAUGGUCAUGCCUGGCGUUGCUUACCCUUGCCUGAAGUUAUUUCCAAAAAUAAUAUGGUACACGGACGAUGUGACUGUACUCAUAAUACUCGUGGACUUAAUUGUGAAUAUUGCGAAGAUUUUUAUAAUGAUUUACCAUGGCAACCCGCAGUGGGAAAAACGUCUAAUGCUUGUGUUAAAUGUAGCUGUAAUAAUCAUGCUACUACGUGCCAUUUUGACGCAGCUGUGUAUAAUAAAACUGGUAAAACAAGUGGUGGUGUCUGUGAUAACUGCCAGCAUAAUACUAUGGGAGUCAAUUGUGAACGAUGUAAACCAACAUACUACCGAGAUCCUAACCUAGAUAUCCAAAGUCCUGAUAUAUGCAAAUCUUGCGAUUGUGACCCAGAAGGAACCACUGAUAAAGAAGUGUUAUGUGAUGAGGACACUGAUUUAGCUAAUGACAAAAUUGCAGGACGCUGUCUCUGCAAAUCAAAUGUGGAUGGAGCAAGAUGCGAUAAGUGCAAAGACGGCUUUUGGAAUUUCGACCCACAUAAUCCAGAAGGAUGUCAAACGUGCACAUGUGAUAGAUUAGGUACUGUGAACGAAAGGGGUUGUGACCAUUUGACGGGAAAUUGUUUCUGUAAACGCCAUGUUACUGGAAGCAAUUGUGAUCAGUGUCUCCCAGAGUUUUAUGGUUUAUCUGAUAGUAGUGACGGUUGCUUACCUUGUGAUUGUGAUGCCGGUGGUUCUCUAUAUCGAGACUGUGAUGUUAUAACUGGGCAAUGUAAAUGUCGUCCAAAUGUAACGGGCCGCCGUUGCAAUCUGCCUUUACAAAACUUCUUCGUAGGCGCUCUAGAUUCUAUUGUUUUUGAAGCAGAAUCAAGUCAAUGUAAUUCUCAAAUAGAUGAUAAUGCUAUACAAAGUCAAAUUUGCCACGUUGUUAUAAGGGAAAAUUACCCAGAUGGACGUAAAGAAACUUGGACAGGCCCUGGUUUUAUGAAAAUACCAGAAAGUAGUACAUUAGUAUUUAAUGUAAAUAAUUUGAAAAGUAGUAUGAACUAUAAUAUUUUAAUAAGAUAUGAACCGCAAUCCAGUACAUCCUGGGAAGAGGCAACCAUAAUAAUCAAGAGACCAGGACCAUUCGAUGUGGAUUCACCUUGUGCUAACGUACGUCCAGCGGACGAUACUGUCAUCACGAGUCUUCCGGCAAAUCAACGGAGUAUCCUAGUGCGGCCAGCCAUUUGUUUAGAGAAAAAUAAGGAAACUGAAGUUCGUAUAUACUUAGGAAGACAAGAUGGACGCAGCCCAAAUAACAGAGCGUCUGUUUUAAUAGAUUCUAUUGUACUAAUUCCGUCAGUUGAUGAUUUACCUUUCUUAGCAAAUGGCAGUAACAUGAGAGACGAAUUUGAUCGUUACAAUUGUGGUGACUCCUAUUACUAUGACCUCAACCGAGAUAAUAUUCCUGAAAUUUGCAAAAAGUAUCACGCAAGCAUAGGCUUUUACAUAAGAAACGGGACAGAAUCUUGUCAGUGUGAUCCUUCUGGUUCAAAAAGUCACCAGUGUGAUCAGUAUACUGGACAUUGUCAAUGCGUUGAAAACAUUGUUGGCGCCAGAUGCGACCGUUGUGCACCAGGAACAUAUGGUUUCAGUAAAUUUGGCUGCAAGCGCUGUGAUUGUAACAGCAUUGGUUCUCUUGACAAUUUCUGUGAUGUUACAAGUGGACAAUGUAAAUGUCGAGCAAAUACAUAUGGACGUGCUUGCGAUUCGUGCCAACCAGGCUAUUUCAAUUUUCCAAAUUGUCAACAAUGCGAUUGCAAUGGGCACGCCGUUGAAUGUGAUGACAAAACCGGUGCAUGCAAGAACUGCAGAGAUUAUACCGAAGGUUAUCGUUGUGAUAAAUGUAUUGAAGGCUAUUAUGGGGACCCACAACUCGGUGUCAACAUACCUUGCAGAUUGUGUCCUUGCCCCGGUAUAAAAGGAGAUGCAAACAAAAGUAGUCAUGCGGAUCGAUGCUAUUUAGACUCUAUGACUAAAGAUGUAGAGUGUGAUUGCAAAGAAGGUUAUGCUGGACUGUCAUGUGAUGUUUGUGCCGACAAUUACUAUGGAGACCCCAUUAAGGGUACAUGUGAACCAUGUGAUUGUGGUGAUAACAUAGACGUAACUAAACCGGGCAAUUGUGAUCCUUAUACAGGAAAAUGUUUGCAAUGUUUAUAUAACACAGCAGGUGAUAAUUGCGAAUUAUGUGCGGAAGGCUUUUACGGAAAUGCUUUGGAAAAGUCUUGUUACCAGUGUAACUGUUCCGUUUUAGGCACUAACUUUACUCGUGGUAAUUGCGAUAGAACAACUGGUCAGUGUCCUUGUUUUAAUAAUGUCAUGGGUAUAAAUUGCGAUCAGUGUACAGAAAAUCAUUGGAGAAUAGCGUUAGGUACUGGGUGUGAUCCUUGUGAUUGCGAUUUUGUUGGAUCCACUUCGCCUCAGUGCAAUCCUUAUAUUGGCAAAUGUGAAUGCAAACCAGGUCAUGGAGGAAGACAAUGUGAUCAAUGUCAAGAAAAUCAUUGGGGAGAUCCAAAUGUUGAGUGCCAUGAGUGCGACUGUGAUUUAUACGGCUCUGUAUCACAACAAUGUAUGCGAGAUAAUGGAUCUUGUAUCUGCAAACCUGGAAUAGGUGGAUAUAAAUGCGAUACUUGUGCCAGAGGCUACCUUGGCGAAGCUCCCGAUUGUGACGCUUGUGGAGAGUGUUUUGAUAACUGGGACCGAAUUAUUGGAGAUUUACGUAUUCAAACCGAAUUUGCUAUUGGAAAUGCAAGCAAGAUAAAAGUUGUUGGCGCUACCGGAGCAUAUACGAGAGAUUUUGAGGAAAUGACAAAAAAAUUAUCUGAUGUUGAAAACUCACUUCAAAGCGCUAAAUUAGGCCAAAGCACGGUAAGAGAGUUGUUAUCAAAUAUAUCAAAUUUACAAGAUCAACUAAGUGUCGCUGAAAAGAAAGUAAAAGAAAGUAAUGAAAAUCUUAAUGCCAUUACCCAAAAAAUAAAUUUAGGUAAUGUUACUUUAGACGCAUUAAGGACAAGCAUAGAUAAUUUAAAAACUAAAACAUUUGAUUUGGGUAAUAAUGCAACUAAGCUACAAGAAGCCAAUUUAGAAGGUGCGCUCAAUUUAACUCGGGAAGCUAAACAAAGAGCGGUCAAAGCAGCAGAUGAUACUGAAAGUGUACAAACAAUUAUAGCAAAUACAGAUAGACAAAUCAAAAACACAGAUAGGCUUAUUGAAAUGCAAUAUAAUAAUUUCAAUAAUACUCGAACUGAAAAUGAUAAAAAAUUAGAUGAUCUUCAACAACAGCUAUUGGAUUUGAAUUCACAAUUACCAUCAAUUAAUGGAAAAAUGUGUGGACAAGAGAGCGAUUCUUGCGACAUUUGUGGUGGAGCUGGAUGUGGAAAAUGUGGUGGUAUAUCAUGUGACCAAGGUGCUAUAACAAAAGCAGAACAAGCUUUGGACUUUGCCAAUAAAACUGAGCAUAGAAUCAAAGAACAUGAAUUAACCGCAGAAGAAAUAUUCAGAUCCGUUUCACAAGUGAAACAAGAUACAGUUGCAGUUCGCUCUAGAGCUAGGGAUUUAUUUGAAAUAGCUACUGAAUUUAAAUCAGCUGCUGAAAGAGCCACUAAUGACAGUCAAGAAUUGACAUCCGAAUUGAAAGAUUUUUUGUCUAAAACAUACAACACUCCCGAGGAUGUUAGACAGCUUGCAACUGAAAUUUUAAAUUUAUCAAUAAGUAUUCAGCCUAAAGAAAUUACAGAAUUAUCUCAAAGGAUUAACUCAACGGUCUCUCAGUUAACCAAUAUCGAAAAUAUUAUAGCUGAAACAAAACCUGACCUUGAUAGAGCUAAAAUGUUAAAGCAAAAUGCUACUGUAGUUAAUAAAGCUGCUAAUUUAACUCUAGAGAUGGCUAACAAGGUGUUGGGAGCUUUAGAUGAAGCACAAGCUGCUCAAGAUGCAGCAGAUAAUGCAAUAGAUACGGCAAAUAGAGACAUUGAAGCUGCUAAAAGUGAUUUAAUUCCCAUAGCAUUAGAAACCGAACAUGCACAAAAAAAGGCAAAUGAAACUAUGGAUGAAGUUGAGGCACUCCGCUCUCGGCUAUCUGAUUUACAGAAAAAUAUACUAAAAAUUGAAAGUGAUGCAGAACAAGUGAAACAAGAAGCAAAUGAUGUAGUUAAUAAAGCUGAAGGAGCAGAACAAAAAGCAAGGCAAUUAAGACAAGAUUUUAAGCAAACAAAUAUAUCUCUGUCUGAUAGGGCCAGCCAAACAUCAAAUUCAAGAGAGCGUGCUCAGCUUUUGCUAAACAGAGCGACUAAAUUGGCAAGUGAUACUCAAACACAGCUUAAACUUCUAGCAAACAUGGAAGAACUGUAUAAUGACCAUAAUGAACAACUAAACUUAUUGGACAAAGAAAUUGGCAAUUUAAAUACUCAAAUGAAUUAUUAUCUCUCUGAGAUAACCAAGCGUUCAGACAAUUACAGGUCUUGUACAACGUAAAUAUAUGUUACAAAAUAUUAUUGCAUUUAACUAAAAAUGAAAUUUAAAGUGUAUCUAUCCGAAAUUGCUAUUUCUCUUGAUUUAUAGCUGGGAAUAAGAUGGUUAGCCUUACGAUAAGCUCCUAAUAAAAAAUAUUUUACUAAAUUUAAAUAAUACAUAAGGGAGUUAGAGCUGUUACCAGCAUUUUCAAGUAAAUCAUCACAUAUAUCAAUUAAUAUCUUAUUUUUUUUUUAUAAUAACAUAUUCAGAAUACCCCAACAAUUAUAUUUGGCUUGAGUAUAAUAAAUAAUAAUAAAAUAUUAUGUAUCUAACUUGUAAAUAGUGAUGUAAUUGAAUAUUAGAUACUGCGUGUUUUUUUUAAUUGUAUUUGUUUGUUUACCACACGAUUGUAUGUGCAUGCUUGGAAAAUAAUUUUGUUUCAUUUUGAUAUUUCCUAAUUCCUAAUAUAAGACUUAUUCCAAAGAAAAAACCUUGUAUUUUAAAGAUGUUAUAAAAGUAGA